ACUUCGUGGCUUUAAGAUUUGAAGAGGAGGAAGUCAAGCAUUCGCCUUUUUUCCCGGGGGCCCUUGAUGAAGCCUAAUGCAAUGUACGGCAUGCCGUACGUGCGUACGAGAAGGGUUGGUCUAAGGAUCCUCCGUAGAAAUCUUCAUUAUGGCAUUCGGGCAAUGUUCUUCCUGGCUGUUCCCAACAAACAGCGAGCCCAAAUCAUGCACUACACGCCAAAAGCUUUGCACCCACUCCAAUGAGCCAUGUAAGGUUAUGAGCAAGGCACAUCAGGCUCGGCCUUAUAUCCCCCCACCGCUCAAUAACCAGCAGAUCUCACCCCGAGGCGUUCAUGGCUCCUUCCGUCCUGAUUCCCGAAAGGACCAAGGCCUUUUGGACAGAAAACAGCAAGCAGGGCAAAAUGCCCGCGACUCCUGGGGUUCUGCGCACUCAAGAGCCUUGAUUCACGGGCUGGCAGGCGGAACUGGCGGACUGGUCAAACGAAACAGGACCCAACCAGCCAUCACCUACCGGAACGAAAAUUGA